AGGAGAGAAGUGCAUUCUAACUAGCUUCACUGAGUGAGGGACUGAAGAGAAGGACCUGUGGAAGCCUGCAAAGAUGAAGAUCCUUUUCCUUACCAUAGUACUAAGUCUAUUCUCUAUUCUCCAAGCUCAGGAGACAUCACCUACUGAAAGAUUUGGGGGUACAUAUGUUGUGAAGGCUAUUGUGGCAGACAUUAAAAGGGAGAAGCCUAAGUUCAUAUCACCCUUGACCAUCACUAAUCUUGAUAAUGGUAAUCUGGAGGUCAAAUUUACCUUUAAUAAGCAUGGCAAGUGCAAAGAGAUCAAGAUGACAUUAGAGAAAACAAACAAUCCUCGGCUAUUUUCUAUGGUCUCCUCAGAAGGCAGGCACCAAGUCUUUAUAGAAGAAACAUCUGUGAGGGAUCACUGGAUUAUUCUCUGUGAAGGCGAGAUACAUGGAAAAUACGUAAAAGUAGCCAAACUUGUGGGUCCAAGCACAGAAGAGAACCCCAAAGCCUUUGAGGACUACAAGAAGUUUGUGAGCAUUAAAGGAUUUAAUGAAGAAAGAAUCCACAUUCCCAUACAAGCUGAGGCUUGCACCCCAGAAGAGGCUUAAGGAGAAGAUGAUUCCCUUCAACCUCAGAAUCAAUGCUAUCCAGAAAAUCCCAGUUAUAUCUUUGAACAAGUCUGUUUCUUGUGUCCGACUGCUGCAUACACUUCUCCCUUUAGUCCUUAACCUUUUCCCUCAAUGUUUACUAUUUUCUUCCAAUGCAAAAUAAAUAAAUAUAUAAAGCAUUUA